AUGUCCAUGGCCGAUGGCUACGCCCGCCUCACCAACAAGCCGCAGUGCGUCAUUGUACACGUCGACGUUGGCACGCAGGCCCUCGCCGCCGCCGUGCACAACGCCUCGUCGGGCCGCGCGCCCGUCCUCGUCUUUGCCGGCCUCUCGCCGAUUACGCUCGACGGCGAGCACCGCGGCAGCCGGACCGAGCACAUCCACUGGCUGCAGGACGUGCCGGACCAGAAGCAGAUUGUCGCCCAGUACUGCCGCUACGUCGGCGAGGUCAAGACGGGCGCCAACGUCAAGCAGCUCGUCAACCGCGCCCUGCAGUUUGCCGCGUCGGCCCCGCAGGGCCCCGCGUACCUGUGCGGCGCGCGCGAGAUUAUGGAGGCUGAGAUUGCGCCGUACGAGCUGCGCCAGAGCGACUGGUCCCCGGUUCAGGUGGGCGGGCUGCCCAGAGGCGCGUCGCGGGAGAUUGCGGAGGCGCUGGCGGGCGCGCAGCGGCCGUUGGUGAUUACGGGCUAUGGAGGGCGCAAUCACGAGUUUCCAGGCACGCUCGUCAGACUGGCGGAUGCGGUGCCGGCCUUGCAGGUGCUGGACACGGGAGGUAGCGACAUGUGCUUCCCCGCGAACCAUCCAGGCUGGACGGGCACGCGCUAUGGCGUGGCAGAAGACAUUGAAAAGGCCGACGUUAUACUGGUCGUCGACUGCGACGUGCCCUGGAUCCCAACCCGCUGCAAGCCGAGCGACGACGCCGUCGUCUUUCACGUCGACGUCGAUCCGCUGAAGCAGCUGAUGCCAAUGGCCUACGUCAAGGCCCGCGCGCGGUUCCGUGCCGAUGCCGUGCAGGCCCUCGAGCAAAUCAUCGAGAGCGUCGCGGGCCUCAGAGGCGGCGCCUCGGCCGCGGAGACGACGCUCCGAAACCAGCAGGACACGACGAGCAUGCAGACGGCACGAGUCCAGCAAGAGCACGCAGCGCGCCUGGCCAGGAUAGAAAAGGCCGCGCAGCCUCUGCCAGACGACACGUUUGGGGCAGGCCACUUGUGCCGCCAGCUCAGGGCUCUGUGCCCGCCAGACACCAUCUGGGUCGUCGAGGCAGUCAGCAACGCGCAUUGGGUGCUCGACAACAUCCAGGCAUCGCUGCCGGGCUCGCUGAUCAACUGCGGCGCCGGCGGUCUCGGCUGGUCGGGCGGUGCGGCUUUGGGCAUCAAGCUAGCGACGGACGCCGAGCACGGCGGCCAGGGCCAGGGCCAGGGCCGGUUUGUCGUGCAGGUGGUGGGAGACGGCACCUACAUGUUUUCUGUGCCGAGCAGUGUCUACUGGAUCUCCAUGCGCUACCGCAUUCCCAUCCUGACUAUUGUGCUCAACAACGGCGAUGGACUGGCGCAGACGGCUACGAAUGACGAAAUCAACAUUGCGUUUAGCCCGACGCCCGACUACGCGGGCAUUGCAAAGGCGGCGGCCUGCGGACAAGUCUUUGCCGGGCGCGUGAGCGACGCAAGGGAGCUGCCGGGCUUGCUGCGCGAGGCGAUUGACUUUGUCAAGGCAGGCAAGUCGGCGGUGCUGGACUGCGCCGUUGUGCCGGAUUGUUAG